GCAGUAACGGCGGUGGUUUAGGCGCUUCCCAUAAUGCACUCCCCGACCAUCAGCGGGAAACCAAAAUGGCGAACGUGCAAGGGGAAAAAGAGCCGUUUGUUAUUUUCUGAAGAAGGGGCAAGCCCAGCAAGUUGUCGGGAUACACAUUUGAAAUAAACUUAUCCGCCAGAGGAGCAAGGGGAAACAACGUCCCUCUCAUCCAGCUAUUUUGUCCCACGACUCAGUUGUAGAAGCGGAGGUGACCGAAUGAGAGACUCAGGGGUUGUGGAUCACCUGUCUCUCCAUCACAGAUCUCACCCCCAGCGGCAGCAGCAGGCUGUGUCCUUGUCACCAAGCAGCCUCUCUGCACGGGAGGAAUAUGGAGAAGACGACAUGUCUGCCAGGUUUAGAGAGGGACAGGACGUGCUGGCCCGGUGGUCGGAUGGAUUAUUCUACUUGGGGACAGUCACAAAGAUAGAUCAGGACAAGCAGCGAUGCUUUGUGGUUUUUGAGGACAGGUCAAAAUCAUGGGUUCUUUGGAAAGAUAUACAAACAGGGGGUGAAGACGACGAGGAUGAUGAAGACGAUGACAUCGUGUGCUCCAUUUGUCAGGAUGAAAUUUCAGAGGAACCCAACGAGAUUGUUAUUUGUGACAGAUGUGGACAAGGUUACCAUCAGCUGUGUCACACCCCCAUCAUCGAUGCUGCCGUCAUCGACUCUGAUGACAGUUGGCUGUGCUCCGAAUGUGAACUAGCUUCUAUACAUAAGAGGGGGAGUACAUACAAUCAGGGGACAUCUGCUAAAAGGUUUUUGCAGCAGGAGCAGCAGCAAAUGGAUCUUCACCUGUCCUUCCCAUACACUCUGGACGAGCUGGUGUGGGACCAGGGCCACAAAACAAACAUACAGCAGUGUUACUGCUACUGUGGUGGUCCAGGAGACUGGUACCUGAAGAUGAUGCAGUGUAACAGGUGUCAGCAGUGGUUCCAUGAAGCCUGUCUCCAUUGCUUACAGAUGCCCAUGCUCUACGGAGAUAGGUUUUAUGUGUUUAUCUGUUCAGUUUGCAACGGUGGACCAGAAUACCUCCACAGACUGCCUCUCAGCUGGAAGGACGUCACCCACCUCAGCCUGUACAACUUGAGUGUGAUUCACAAGAAGAAGUAUUUUGACUCAGAGAUGGAUUUAAUGGCUUACAUUAAUGAGAACUGGGAGCUGCUGCAGCUUGGAGAGCUCGCCAACACAUCAAGAUCUGAACGAUAUGAACAUGUUCUAGAGGCCUUAAACAACAAUAGCUGCUUGUUCAUGUCUGGGAAGGAAGUGAAGAAAAAGAAGCAUUUGUUUGGCCUAAGGAUCCGUUUCCCUCCUGCUGCCCCCAACUGCGACGAGUCAACCAACAGAGUGAUGGAGAGGGCUUCGCAUGAGAUCACCAUCAAGGGAUGCAAGUCCACUAAAGCCAUGUCUGGCAUAAGUGCUCUAAACAACGGCACAGAGGAGAAGAAGAAGAAGAAGAAGAAGAAAAAAAAGAAAAAGAGGAAGCAGGGAGUGCGUUCUCUGGAGUCUCUGGCUAAACCACAACGCUCCUCUCAGCUCUUGUCCCAGGAAACAAGAAAAGCCCUCUCACUGGAGCCUCGUGCAUUGGAACAUUUCAACUCCAUCAAAAGUGACAGAUCGCUGGUGUUACCACGAACUUCAGACGUGGAAUCCAUCGGAACCAUCAGCACCUCAGAAACUACCUCAACUAGCAUUUCAAGACAGUCCAGCUUCUGUAGUCCCAGCAAGAUGCAAACAUCAGCCUGCAACAUGCCUGCUUCUGCUCCACCUUUGAAAAGAAAACGCGGACGGCCACGACGUGCCCUGCAGCCCCCCAACCCAGAGGUCCCCCCUCCCAGCCUUCCAGACAUAAACCCCUCAGCCACAGAGAUGCUAAGCGCCCUCCCAGGACUUCACUCGUCAGACAUAGUUCACGGCAUGGACCCCAGCACUCAGCUCUCGCAUCUCAAGAACUCUAUCAGCAAUUAUUUUGGAGCAGCGGGGCGUCUGACUUGCGGCGAAAAGUACAAAGUCUUGGCCCGGCGGGUCACCCUCGAUGGCAAGGUGCAGUUUUUGGUGGAGUGGGAAGGAGUCACUGCCUCAUAGGCCUGUGUGUCUGCAUCACCACUUCAGACUUAACCAGUACUGUGCUGGUGACCUGUAUUUAGAGCAUUGACUGAUUUACAUGCCUUGUUUAGUUUAGACGAGCCAUUUUUGCCUGUUAAGCUUUCUGUAAAGCCUGUUGGUUCAGUGUGGUCCAUUUUGUCAGAUAUAUAAUUAAGACAGUGAAUGAUGCAGGGGAGGCGGUGUCAUUGAACCACACCAGUAUUUGUUAUUGUGGUUUACAGAAACCGCAGCUUAUUUAGGUGUAAAUAAUUGAUCUGCUGGCUGAACCUUUAGGCUUUUGAAAAUGUUAUUGUGCUUUAUUUUUAAUCCAGUGAUGCGCUUUUUUGUUGUUUUUCUCCCUGACCACAUGUGAUUGGUCAGGUAAUGAAUGAUGAAUCUUCCAGGAUAAGAGAAAGUGGGGAAGUUUCUUAAAAAUGCAGCUUAUCAAAACAGUGGAGAGGUAAAUAUUUUUUUCUCUUUCUUACAGAAUGUGAUGAAUAAAAAUGUCCUUUUACACCCAUGUCCCCUCUCUCUCUUAUCCCAGCUACGAGUACCUCUUGUUGCCUUUGGAAGGCGCAGCCUUCGGCUCUGUUUUAGAAAACGUGCUUGUAUUUGAGCAUCAGGCCAGGAGCUCAAAACAAGAGGUGUGCUGCUGCAGAUGUUUAUUUUAUAUAAAACUAUACUACAUUUAUUAUUAUCCCUUUUAUUCUUUGUUCUUUGUUCUUUCUGGAUGUACUUGCACAUAUCAAGUUCUGUUUAUUAGGCCAACGUGUACUUUUUAAACCAAUUAUUAAAGCUUAGCCAAGGCAGCAUUUCUAAUCUAUGGUAAAUUUGUUUUUAUUUACUCCCAGGAAUUUAGUUUCUUUUAUGCAUUCUGAUUUGAAACUGAUUAAAAACUUAAAUCAUAGUUUCAUAGUUAAAGAAGUGCAAAGGAUGAAUGUUAAAGUCCCAGUUAUGUCGUUGUUUGCUGCUGCAUAUGCAACUCAGUGUGGGACUGAACAGUUGUGUAAUUGGAAAACUUUAGCAUUGCUGUUACAAUGCUUCUGUGUUAAGUUGCUUUGGGUGACAGGCACCAAAAAAAAAAAUUAAAAGGUUUCUUUUUUACAGCAAGUUCACCUUUUGUCGUACUCAGGAUAUAUCCCAAAACUUCGCUGCAUUGUGGACUGGGACAAGGUCGUUCAGUUAAUGUUGUGCAGUGUUUUAAUAUCAGAUUCUCUAUUUGCCAUGGUUUUGUACCACAUUAUAUUUUUUAUUAAGCUAAAUUUCUCCAUUUUGCUGUCAGAAAACAACCACUGGAAAAGUUCAGAUGCUGUAUGUUAUGGCGACCGGUAAAUAUUCAGUUUGUGUGGUUAUCUCUUUUUGGAGAUGUUUAUGCCUUUUUGUCAAGUUGAACAGAUGUUUUUGAUACAUGCUUGUCUUCGUUGUAGGGAUAUAGUGUGUGCUUUUUGAAGCUUCUCCAUGUUCAGCUUCUCAGUCUACAUGUUGCUACCACCGGCCUCCAAAUGGCCUCUGUAGCCAAAGAACUUACGUAACAUUUUCUUUGUCUUUUGAGAUUCUUCUUGAUACAUUUUUAUACAUUAUAUAGGUUGACGUGUUACUUGUGAACCUGUUUUUGUUAAAGUAUGAAUAAAAGUUGAUAAUUUGA